AGGAGAAACCCGUGUCGGCUGUCUCAGCUAUGCACGUUCUCAAGUCCUGCACUGCCGAACCGGGUGCAUCGUCGCGUCGUUGUUCAGGAUUGUGGGACGCCGAUCUACAAAGCCAAGUCCCCUUCGGUGCUGCUCUCAAUUCUGAGCGACUGCAUUGAAGGUCACAAAUCAUUACGACAAAAAGCCGGCCUCCUCAAUAGAGACAUCUCUGUAAACAACCUGAUGAUUCGUGGAGAGAAGGGUUUUUUAAUUGACCUUGACCUUGCCGUCGCGGAGCAACGCGAGGAGGCCUCAGGAGCAUAUGGGAAAACCGGGACAAGAGCCUUCAUGGCGAUCGGUGCCCUUCUGGGCGAGCAGCAUUCGUUCAUGCAUGAUCUCGAGUCCUUCUUCUGGGUCCUGUUUUGGAUAUGCAUUCACCACACCGGACCUGAAGAAAGUAGAGUGGUGCCGCGAUUUGAGAAGAGGAACUAUGUAGAUACGGAGGAACUCGCAGGGAUGAAGUUGGGAGUAGUGUCUGACGAUGAUAUCUUUGGGAAGAUCACGAUGGAAUUUUUCACCGACUACUUCAAGGCCUUGAUCCCUACUGUCGGUCGGUUACGAAGAGCGGUGUUCCCCGGAGGGGGAAGAUGGAAGAAAGAAGUCCGCGGGUUGUAUUCCUCCAUGCAGGAGAUUCUCCGUGAGGCCCGAAAGGACGAAAUACCCCCCUUCGCUCCAUCCUGAAGAAAAUGGCCCUCUCUUCUCCCCCUUCCUUUAUUUCUUGCUGCCUUCUUCUUGAAUCACAGUCACCGGCAUCUCUUAUCGCACAUACUCCUCGUUCUAGAUUACCCCCUUUUCUUCUUCCUCCACUGAACAACACCUGCCAUGGCAAUUCGCCCCUUGG